AUGCGACAAUUUGCUUUGCGAUGGCUGGCCUUGAUGAUCCCGCUUGCUAUCUUCUUCCUCUUCCUCUCUCGCAACACGUCGGCCUAUACCACAGUCAACAAGAUCGUCGUCCCCGGGACUCUGAUCGCAGCAGCAACUCGAAUAAGCAACGAAGCUGGAGAAGACCGGCAUGCGCCCCAUGUUGACGAUGCCAAGACCAUCGAUAUCGGUCCCUUCUGGCGGAAAUGGAGCCAGAUCAUGUACGACGCCCGCCCGGAUCCCACGACCACCGUCCAACUCCGAGGCACGGCGAGCAUCUUUGAGCCGUCCGACCCCAACGCGUCGCGGAAGCCAUACUACGACCUCGUAAGCAACGAGCGGGAGUCUCUCGUUUCAGCUAUCGGCCGACCGCAUACCCGAUUUGUCAAAGAGCUGCUGGAGAACAUUGCGGGCGACGAGUCCAUAUUCCAGGGGCGCGGCAUUGUUAUGGUCGGUGGCGGAGAGUAUUUCGGCCCGGCUAUUGUGAGCAUUCAUAUGCUGCGACGCGCCGGUUGUACACUGUCAGUCGAGGUUUUCGUGCCCGACGACGAUGAGUAUGAGGUCGAGGUCUGCGAAAGCUACCUCCCCAAGCUCAAUGCGCGGUGCGUCGUGCUUGCGCACAUCCUAGCGCAGAGCAGUGUCGACGGCGCCAAGCUGGCUAUCAGGCACUACCAGCUCAAGGCGCCGGCCCUGUUGUUCUCCUCGUUCGAGGAGGUGCUGUUGCUCGACAGUGACAGCAUUCCCGUGGCUGAUCCGACCACCGACAUCUUCGAGACGGAGCCGUACAUUUCGAGUGGGCUCAUCGUAUGGCCCGAUUUCUGGGGUGCGACUGAGUCGCCCAAGUUCUGGAGUGUUGUCGGAGUUCCUGGAUUCCCCGCGAAUUUGCCCGCGACGUCGAGCGAAGCCGGCCAACUCGUGGUCAAUAAGAGAACACAUCUCGCGCCUCUUCUGCUGGCCACCUACUACAACGUGUUUGGGCAUCUAUAUUACCCGCUUCUUAGUCAAGGUGCGCUGGGGCAGGGUGACAAGGAGACGUUCAUGGCUGCUGCCGUUGUUCUGAAUGCGACCUAUUACCGCGUGAAGACACCGGUUGGUAACAUUGGCAGAGACGACGGGAGAUCCUACCGGGGAACUGCCAUGGUCCAGCAUCUCCCCAGUGACGAUCUUGCCAAGAGCCAAGGAAAGCCGGGCACGGUCCGUCCAGCGUUCCUGCACUCCAAUACGCCCAAGAUGAACGCGGGCCACCUGGUGGACGAGGGUGACCUGGUGUCGGCGGACGGCAAGUCGAGGCUCAGAUUGCUCGGCUCCAAGUCGGACCAACAGAAGCUGUUUGGGUUCGACCUGGAGAGCAGUGUUUGGGAUCUGCUAGUGCAGACGGGCUGUGAGUUGGCUGGUGUCAUUCGGGACUGGAACUCCCGCAAGAGGCUCUGCGAUAGGUUAGAGGAGCACCAUCAGAAGGUCUUCCAUGACGAGCGGCAAUCGCCAGGAGGCAUUUACCGCUGA